AUGACCUGCUGGCUGUGCGUCCUGAGCCUGCAGCUCCUGCUCCUGCCCGCGGCCCCACCCCCCGCCGGCGGCUGCCCGGCCCGCUGCGAGUGCACGGCGCAGACGCGCGCGGUGGCCUGUCCCCGGCGCCGACUGACCGCCGUGCCCGACGGCAUCCCGGCCGAGACGCGCCUGCUGGAGCUCAGCCGCAACCGCAUCCGCUGCCUGAACCCCGGCGACCUGGCCGCCCUGCCGCUGCUGGAGGAGCUGGACCUGAGCGAGAACGUGAUCGCGCACGUGGAGCCCGGCGCCUUCGCCAACCUGCCGCGCCUGCGCGUCCUGCGGCUGCGCGGGAACCUGCUCAAGCUCAUCCCGCCCGGGGUCUUCACGCGCCUGGACAACCUCACGCUGCUGGACCUGAGCGAGAACAAGCUGGUCAUCCUCCUGGACUACACCUUCCAGGACCUGCGCAGCCUCCGCCGGCUGGAGGUGGGCGACAACCACCUGGUGUUCAUCUCGCGCCGGGCCUUCGCGGGGCUGCUGGCGCUCGAGGAGCUGACCCUGGAGCGCUGCAACCUGACGGCGCUGUCGGGCGAGUCCCUGGGCCACCUGCGCGGCCUGGGCGCGCUGCGGCUGCGGCACCUGGCCAUCGCCGCCCUGGAGGACCAGAACUUCCGCAGGCUCCCGGGCCUGCUGCACCUCGAGAUCGACAACUGGCCGCUGCUGGAGGAGGUGGCCGCGGGCAGCCUGCAGGGCCUCAACCUGACCUCGCUGUCCGUCACACACACCAACAUCACGGCCGUGCCCGCGGCCGCGCUCCGCCACCAGGCCCACCUCACCUGCCUCAACCUGUCGCACAACCCCAUCAGCACGGUGCCGCGCGGCUCCUUCCGAGACCUGGUGCGCCUGCGCGAGCUGCACCUGGCGGGCGCCCUGCUGGCGGUGGUGGAGCCGCAGGCCUUCCUGGGGCUGCGGCAGAUCCGUCUGCUCAACCUCUCCAACAACCUGCUGUCCACGCUGGAGGAGAACACCUUCCACUCGGUCAACACGCUGGAGACGCUGCGCGUGGACGGGAACCCGCUGGCCUGCGACUGCCGCCUGCUGUGGAUCGUGCAGCGCCGCAAGACCCUCAACUUCGACGGGCGGCUGCCGGCCUGCGCCUCCCCGGCCGAGGUCCGCGGCGACGCGCUGCGCAACCUGCCCGACUCGGUGCUCUUCGAGUACUUCGUGUGCCGCAAGCCCAAGAUCCGCGAGCGGCGGCUGCAGCGCGUCACGGCGGCCGCGGGCGACGACGUGCGCUUCCAGUGCCGCGCCGAGGGCGAGCCGGCGCCCACCGUGGCCUGGGUGACGCCGCGGCACCGCGCGGUGACCGCCUCCAGCGCGGGGCGCGCGCGGGUGCUGCCCGGGGGCACGCUGGAGAUCCAGGGCGCGCGCCCGCAGGACAGCGGCACCUACACGUGCGUGGCCAGCAACGCGGGCGGCAACGACACCUACUUCGCCACGCUGACCGUGCGGCCCGAGCCGGCCGCCAACCGGACCCCGAGCGAGGGCCGCAACGAGACGCAGGCGGCCGUGCGCUUCCCGCUGGACCUCACCACCAUCCUGGUGUCCACCGCCAUGGGCUGCAUCACCUUCCUGGGCGUCGUCCUCUUCUGCUUCCUGCUGCUCUUCGUGUGGAGCCGCGGCCGCGGGCAGCACAAGAACAACUUCUCGGUGGAGUACUCCUUCCGCAAGGUGGACGGGCCCGCCGCCGCCGCCGGCCAGGGGGGCGCCCGCAAGUUCACCAUGAAGAUGAUCUGA